AUGCCAAAGAAGGGUGAUAAGUCUGGUGCUAAUCCUGGCUAUGAAGAGCGGCUGCGGAAAGCCCCCGGGCUGCCCGAGGUGCUGGUCAUUCUCAAGGAGGCUGCGGCAAGCAAGAGCGAACCAUCCCGUAGCUUUUUCUUUCAAGCGCUGAGCGUGUUAGCCCAGAAGGCUGCUGCCACAAGUGCCGUCAGCGCUGACUGCAAAGUGGCAGCUGUUCAACAAGGAGAAUGGCUCUUGGAGUCAUGCUCGAGGCUGGACGGCGGCAAGCCACAGGAAAGCGCGAUCACCUCCAUGGUGCGCGUGUGCUGCGCCUGCGGCGCGCAAGACCGAGCCCUCAAGCUCGUCGCUGAGGCGCAGGCGAAGGGCGUCAAGCCGCGCUUGCGCACGCUCUCAGCCGUCCUGCUGCAGGCCUCCGAGGCCCAAGACCACGGUCUCUGCGAGAAGCUCUGGGCGCAGCUGCCGUCUCUGGGGCUGGAACCGCAGGACUCCGAGUUCGCCCUCAUGCUGCGGACCUUCCAUGGUGACGUCCAGCGGCAGUAUGCGCUCCUGCGGCAACUCAUCGAGGAGCUUCCGAUGCCGUCGGACCCGCCCUUGAUCGAAGAGAUCGGCCGGGUCUUUGGUGUAGAAGGUGCGCUGGCCCUCCGCGCCAGGGAUCCGCCCAAGGCGCCCGGCCGCAGAGAAAGCGGCGGCUGUUGGCAGGUGGGUUGGACCACGCUGAGCCCCGAGGGCGACUGCGCCCUGAGCGGCCGACGGCUGCAGGCGAUGGACGUCACGCCGGAGGACGCGAUGCUCCCGAACCCGGCGCCCACCGCAGCUGCGCCGGUCUCCACGGUGUCCACGGUCGGUGCCUCGGGGUCGGCGGGGGAGCUGCUGCGGGCGCGCCGGUGCGUGGCGGCCAUCGACAUGGACUGCUUCUACGCACAAUGCGAGGAGCUGAGGCAUCCGGAGCUGAAGGGAAGGCCGGUGGGCGUGCAGCAGAAAGCGUUAGUGAUCACCUCCAACUACACGGCGCGUGCCUGUGGUGUGCAGAAGGGCGACUCGCUUCAGGUGGUCAAGGAGAAAUGUCCCGAGAUUACGAUUUGCAAUGGAGAAGAUCUCACCUUCUAUGGCCAGGUGUCCCAGCAAUUUUUUGAUGUGGCGGCGCGCUUCAGCAGCAAGGUGGAGAAGCUUGGCUUGGAUGAGGUCUUUGUCGACCUCACCGAGCAGGUGGAGGAGCGCUCCUCCGCCAGAGACGACGGCGGCGCGAAGAUGAGCGGGCUGGUCUACCCGGACGCCGAAGCCGCGGGCACGGAUUGCGAGGAUGGCGGGGAUGCAGGCGCCUGUUGGAGAUACUUGGCUCUGGGCUCCAUGAUCUGUCAGGAGAUCCGCGAGGCCAUCCAGUUGGAGGUGGGUUUGAGCUCCAGUGCAGGAGUGAGCGUCUCCAAGUUGCUGGCAAAGAUGGUCUCCUCAUGGAAGAAGCCCAGUCAGCAGACCGUUUUCGUGCCCACGGCCGAUUGCCUUGACAGCCUGCUCCCGGAGAGCUUGCCGGUGCAGAAGAUUCCGGGGAUCGGUUUCGCCUCCACCCAACGCUGUCAGGUCUUGGGGAUCCACAGUAUUGGCCAGCUACGUGCGGUGUCUCAUGAGCGUCUGCAGGAGGCCUUUGAUGCCAGCACGGUGAAGACGAUGAAGGCGCUCUGCCUGGGCCUGGACGAGGCGCCGGUGAAGGCCUCCGGUGCACCGAAGACCUGCUCGGCCGAGGACUCCUUCUGGCAGAAGCCGCUCUCAAGCAACGAGGAGGCCAAGGCCUCCUUGGAGCUUUUGGCCCAGAAGCUCCUCACGAAGAUCCGCAUGCUGGAACGGAGCUUCGGACCUCGCCCGGUGCCGUCCCUCUCCCUCACCGUGCGCCACGUCGACCGCGCCGCGAGCGGGAGCGCCGGUCCCGCCGCGCCGGUCCCGCCGCGGCGCGAGCGGCGCCAGAUGCCGCUGGGCACCUUCAGCCUGGCGCGCGAGGACGGGGUGGUGGCCCAGCAGCUGGCGGAGCGUUCCUUCGGGCUCUUCCAGAAGUUGGUUCCUCCCAAUGCACCCUUUGCACUCAACAUCUUGAACCUCCAGGUGGCCUUUGCCGAGCGCGCCCGCGGGCAACGGAGCCUCAGCUUUGCCGCCCCGAAGUGCGCGGACGAGGCCGUCGCCGUGGACGACGGCGACGCCGCGCGCGGCGCGGCGGACGUGGCGGCGCUGGUGGCGAUGGGCUUCGGCGUGGCGGCGGCCGCGGAGGCCAUGGCCGAGACCGGGUCCGUGGACGCGGCGGUGGAGCGGCUGCUGAAGCGGCCGCGGCUGAAGGCUCCAAGCCAAAUGGCAGCGGAGGAUGGCGUGUAUCGGACGAAGCGACGGGAUCCCGUUGCCGACCGGUCGCUUGGGUCGUGGGGGAAAGAGGGCGCGACUGAGGGCGACGGCGACUCGGAGGAAGCCUUGCUCGAGCGCAUGGUCACACGCCUGGUGAUUGAUGUCCGGGACUCGGGCAAGCCGUUUCGACGCUUCAAGAAGUGGUUGGAGGAGCAGCCGCCCUUCGACAUCGUCAUCGAUGGCGCCAACGUGGGCUUCAACAAUCAAAACCGCGAGGGUGGCCUGUUUCAGUACAGCCAGAUCGAUGCGGUGAUUGACAAGCUCCGCGAGACGGGGAGCCGCGUGCUGCUGGUGCUGCACCCCAAGUGGCUGCGGGAAGACGCCGACCGCACGGUGACCAAGAGGAAGAAGCGGAAGCUGGACCAGAUCAACUUGGAGGGCAACAUGGGUUCCUCCGAUGAUUCGGCAGAAGACCAGGAGGGCGAGCCUGAGAUCCAGUAUCCCUUCGACCCCAUCACGUGUGCGGAGCGCGCGGCUCCGGCGGGGACGCCCUUGGCCUACAUACGGAAGUGGAAGGAGGCUGAGUGCCUUGUGCGGGUGCCUGCGAAGGAUUGCGAUGAUUGGUACUGGCUCUUUGCGGCGCUCUCCUCCGCUCGCCGUGGUGCAAGACACGUCCAAGUGGUCAGCAAUGACCACAUGAGAGACCAUCACUGGCGAAUGGUGGGCCACCGAGCCUUUCUGAAAUGGCAGGGCCGGCACAUGACGAGGGUCAGCAUUUGGUCUGAAACCUCCGACGUUGAGAAUUGCAAGGUCACAUUGACGCCUCCGGACAUGUACUCCAUGCAAGCACAGGUCUCAGAGGAUUCGUCGGCCUGGCACUUCCCCGUGCCGUUGGUCCCCAGCCGUGCGCAGCAGCUCUCCUCGGGGCGGCCGCUGCCACGGAAGGAGAUCGAAUCGGCCGAGUGCCACUGGCUGGCAGCCUGGCGGGACACGCCCGCGGACCGAUGA